GGCAUUUGGUCAAUUUGAAACGAUACAGAGAAGAUUAGCAUGGCCCCUGCACUAAGGAUGACACGCUUAAUCAAAGAGAGUAACACAUUUUUUGGAGAAUUUUUUGGGGCGCUGUUCGAGUCUGCUGCUGUGCAGGCUUCUUUUUGGGUUUUUGACUACUGCUUAAGUAGAAAGAGUGCUGCGUGGAGUUGGGUUGUGUGGUAUAUGGUUUUUUUUUUUUUGCUUGGUAGGUGGGUUAUGGGUUUGCUGGUGAUUGUUUGAUGGGCUUUUUUGGGGGGUUUAUUGCGGUGUUGUGGGUGA